UAAGGAGCUCAUUUCCGGCCUGGCCUGGCUGGUGGGCCCGGCCUCGUGCGCGUGCUCAGUGCUCUGCGUUCAGCGCGUGCUCCCGGUCCCCGGUUCGCUCCGCACCGCUCCGGCCGCUGGUGGUCAGCAGGAUGCUGGACAGGAGGCUCGGCGCGGUCGCGCUCGGCGUCGGCGGGGCUUUGAUCGUCGGCUACUGUAUCUAUUUCGACAGGAGACGAAGAAGCGACCCCGACUUCAAAAGGAGGCUGCGUGAACGUAGGAGGAAGCAGAAAAUUGCUCAGGAAAAGUCUGGACUGGCCAGGCUGCCAGAUCUCAAGGAUCCCGGGGCUGUGCAGCAGUUCUUCCUUGAUGAGAUUCAGCUUGGGGAGGAGUUACUGGCUCAGGGAGACUAUGAGAAUGGUGUGGAUCACCUGACCAAUGCCAUUGCUGUGUGUGGCCAGCCACAGCAGCUCCUGCAGGUGCUCCAGCAGACUUUACCUCCACCUGUCUUCCAGAUGCUUAUCACCAAAGUACCCACCAUCAGCCAGCGGGUAAUAAGUGCACAGAGCUUGGCUGAAGAUGAUGUUGAGUGAGAACAGGAUGAGCAUGAGGUUUGAGUUUGCUGGUUAUCGUGGCCGACAGCAGAGUUUCACCAUAGACGACUGCAAACCCUCUGACGUGCUGCUGUGAAGUCUUUCCCUUUGUUUUUGUUUAUUUUCUAUACUGCGCAUUCUCAGUUAUUGGUUGAUAAUCUUUCUGCCCCCUGCAUUUUUUUUCUGAUGGCAUAAAAUGUCUUGACUAAACGAGCUUUUAUUUAAAAUGAAUGUAUUUAUUGAUGGGCAGAGAUUCGCACACGUACUCAAGGGACCAUCUGUAACGUCACUUUAUUACGGUUUAGAAACAGUAACUGUUGUUCAUUACUUACGUAUUGUUCAAAGAACAAAGGUUAUUCCACUUUAUCUUUUUAAGUUCUUUUCUAUGUAGUCCUACAAUAAAGGUUAAAGUGAAGAAG